GUAAGGUGGAGGAGGACGGGGUUUUCAGUGACCAGCACCUGGAUAACCUGGAGAGGAGCUGCAGCCCGGACCAGGAGGAACCAGGGCAUCCACAGACUACAGAACUGGAGGAAGACUCCAGCGGUCAGGAGAUGAAGCACGAGGACGUAGAGGUGGAUGUCUCAUUGGUCAAUGUCGCUGAUGUGAAAGUUGAAAAUGGUGAACCAGGACCAAACUGUGGCCAGCUGCUGUUGCACACUUCUCCUGAAGCUCAAAACAAAGAUGAGGAAGGGACUGAAAGUUUACGCUCAGACUCCAGUAAAACUGCAGAUCCGGAGCCAAUGAGACGACACGGUGACCACGAAGAUGCUGCUGUCCCGUCAGACAGCAACUGUAAAUCAAAGCUGACCAGGACCCACACGGGGAAGAAGGUAUUUUCUUUCAGCACUUGCAGGGAAGAUUUCAGUAAAAGUUGUAAUUUAACGGAUCACAUUAAGAUACACGCUGGCGAAAGGCCGUACCUGUGCAACACCUGCGGCAAAACCUUUAGUACAUUAUCAAAUCUUAAACGGCACAUAUACACGCACACGGGCGAGAAGCCCUACAUCUGCAAAACAUGUGGAAAAAGUUACAGGCAACGUUCCCACCUGGUGGGUCACUCGAGGACCCACACCGGCGAAAAGCCGUACCUGUGCAACACCUGCGGAAAAUCUUUUGGACACGCAUCACUUCUUAAAAAUCACAUAUACACGCACACAGGCGAGAAGCCCUACAUCUGCAAAACAUGUGGAAAAAGUUACAGGCAACGUUCCACCCUGGUGGUUCACUCGAGGAUCCACACCGGUGAAAGGCCGUACCUGUGCAACACCUGCGGAAAAACCUUUACUAGAUUAUCAGAUCUUAAAAGCCACAUAACCAUGCACACGGGCGAGAAGCGAUAUUUGUGCAAGACAUGCAACAAAGGUUUUAGCCGCAGAUUUGAUUUGCUGAGUCACUCGAGGAACCACACCGGCGAAAGGCCGUACCCGUGCAACACCUGCAGCAAAACCUUUACUAAUUUAUCGGAUCUUAAACGCCACAUAACCACGCACACGGGUGAGAAGCCCUACAUCUGCAAAACAUGUGGAAAGAGUUACAGGCAAGUUUCCCACCUGGCGGUUCACUCAAGGAUCCACACGGGCGAGAAGCCCUACAUCUGCAAAACAUGUGGAAAGAGUUACAAGCAAGAUUCCCACCUGCUGUUUCACUCGAGGACCCACACAGGCGAAAGGCCGUACCUGUGCAACACCUGCGGAAAAUCGUUUAUAAACUCAUCACAUCUUAAACGGCACAUAACUGUGCACACGGGUGAGAAGCCCUACAUCUGCAAAACAUGUGGAAAAAGUUACAGAGAACGUUCCAACCUGGUGAAUCACUCGAGGACCCACACCGGUGAAAGGCCGUUCUACAUCACAGGUCUGCAACUCCGCCAGUUCAAACUGAAGAGACGGCAGGGUGUCGCUAACGUCGGCAGCAAAAGGGUUCUGGAAUAUGCAGAUUUCUUUGGCGUGGACAUGAAGCUCAUGGAACCGCACACCGAACUCCGCCCUCAGUGUUUCCAGUGCGUCCUUGCACUUCUCGGUUGGGAACGGGGCUGCUGGUUUCUCAGCUGA